AUGGAGCAGUAUGAGCCCAUCUUCAGCAUCGGCCAGGGCUCCAGUGCCGAAGUCUUCCUGAUGAGGAACGCCAGCACCAAGCAGCUCUUUGCCGUCAAGAAGGUCAAGGCGGUGCCCGGGAAGCGGCUGCGCAGCAAGGAGGCCAUCCUGCGGGAAGUGGCCAUCCUGCGGCAGCUGCAGCACCCCCAUGUGGUGGCCUGCCACGGCCACUUCCUGGACACCGAGGAGGCGCAUGUCUUCAUCGUGCAGGAGUACUGCGACGGGGGCUCCCUCGACCAGCAUAUCCAGAAAGGGGGGCCCUUCCCCGAGAGCGUCAUCAUGCGGUGGUUCGUGCAGCUGGCCCUGGCGGUGCAGUACAUCCAUGCCCUGAGGAUCUUGCACAGGGACAUCAAGGCCUCCAACGUCUUCCUCACCCAGACCUGCGUCCUCAAGCUGGGGGAUUUUGGCAUCUCCAAGGUGAUGGACGGCACCCUGGAACUAGCCAGCACCUUUGUGGGCACGCCCUAUUACCUCAGCCCCGAGCUCUGCAGGGACCUGCCCUACAGCUCCAAGGCAGACAUCUGGGCCCUGGGCUGCGUCCUCUACGAGAUGUGUGCCUUGCAGCCGCCCUUCCAGGCCUUCAGCAUGAUCAGCCUGUUCCACAAGAUUGUGAACUGCAGCCCCAGCCCCGUCCCAGCCAGCUACCCGGCCUCCCUGCACGGCCUCAUCCAGAGCAUCCUGCAGAAGGACCCCGAAGCCCGGCCCAGUGCCAGCACCAUCCUCACCUUCCCCUACGUCCAGCAGCACCUCAGCCUUUACUUCCUCCACCGGGACCCUCGGCUGCCCCACCAGCUGCAGCCAGAAGCCCCUCCCAAAGGAGAGGGGGCUAAGCCCACCCUACCUGAGGCUGGCACAGAGGGGGCAACCGAGGCACCCAGCUCCGCCUGGCUCCCUGCUCUGCAGCACGGCUGGAACCUCGCAGACAGCCUAAGCGUCUGCAGCAGUGCUUCGCAAUACUCGGCCGACUUUGAAGACACGAGCACUUCUUCCGUCGGCAGCAGCUCAGAGGCAGAUCUGCCCAUCAACACGGAGGCAAUCGAGACCUCUUCCGAGGACAACUGGGAGCCCCGGAACUUUGAGGACUCGGAGGAGGCGGCCCUGGCCGAUGCGGUGGACACGCUUGAAUGGGCCAUGCAAGAUAGUAAGUCCUCUUCGGCCCCUGGGAGCCUGCAGAAGCACCUGGAUGACAGCGACUUUGGUGGAAGUGACUCCGGCAGCUUCACCUCCAAGGACUCAGAGCAGCUGUUAUGUUUGGAAGACUCUGAGCACUCCGAGGUCGGCAGUUUCCUGCAAAGUCUAGAUCUGGAACACGGCAAGGGGAACACCGGAUGCAAACCAAAGCGACCGUAA